AUGGACACACCUACUGGGAAGAAGCGUGGUCGACCCCAGAAGGAUGCCGACUCACCGAUCCCGACAAGUGUCAAGAAACGACGACUGAACGACGUGGAUCCGUCUUCCCCAUCCACCCCGAAGGCUCUGCAGGCCAUUGCUUCGGCCAUAACGGGUGCGUUUGGUUUCGGCCGGCGGAAACCUUCAGCACGAAGCGCUGAUAAGGCCUGGGAUGUUCCGGACUCGGAUCAUGAGGGCACGGUUGCGGCAUCGCAACCGAAGCGAAAGACGCCGAAGCAAAAUGGGACGGGUACAACACCAAAGGCACAGUCGAAGAAUAUCUACGAUGUCCCUGACUCAGAUGAUGAAGUUGCGCCUGCCCCGACUUCUCGUGGUCGGGGCCGUAACAAGGAAUUGACCGAAUUGCAUGAGUCUGGAGUGAACGGCAAGUCAUUGCCAAAUGGAAAAGAAGAUACCGCAGAAAAGAAGAGGAGGCGUAGAACGAAUGACUCAAUCGCCAAAGAGAACGACACGAAGCAAAACUCCUCAAGAAGGCGUUCCGUUCGAGCGGAGCUCAUUGAGGACCCCUCGACUGAAGAUACUGCGGACGAAAUUGCAGUCGAUUCGCAUGCGGCAAUCAAGCCGAGACUGAACGGCAGGCGGAAGAGCCAGCCCGCUCAAGAAUCAAGAGACGCUACACCAAAACUAAAGGGCAUCCUCACCCCUUCUAAAAAUCGCGGCAUAAGAGGCCGGAAGAGUGUCGGUUUUGAAACCCACAGCGACAAGCUCGAAGAGGAAAUACACUUUGAUGACCUUCCUUCAAAGCCAACUAAAUCAGCAACCAAGACGACCAAGACUUCCGAGAAAGAGAUUGCUGCAGAGCCAGAAUCAGAGGAAGCAGAGGAAUCUGACGAGGAAGAGGAUGAAGAAGUUUGCGUCAUAUGUUCGAAGCCAGAUUCUGAGCCCCCCAAUGAGAUUCUCUUUUGCGACAAUUGCGACAUGGCUGUGCAUCAGGAAUGCUACGGUGUGCCAGAGAUUCCCCUUGGGGACUGGUUAUGCAGAAAGUGCUCUGGGGAUGAUGAAAAGCUAAUGGGUGCUUCCGGAGAGGCCACAUCCGUCAUCGUCUCUGAGGACGUACCGGAUAUUCCCAAUUUCGACCAACAUCUUCGCUCGCUGCAGCGUGUUCUGCUAGAUCGGUGUACUGGAAGGCGAAGGAUCAAACUCCGAGGCCAGGAUGAAGCAUAUGACACAACAUAUCAGCUUGUGGAACAGACCGUACUCGCUGGAGAAGGAAACUCUAUGCUAGUGAUUGGUGCUAGAGGUUGUGGAAAGACAACGAGCGAGUUUCACGUUGUGCGGCUCAACGGCUUCAUUCAUACGGACGACAAGAUUGCCCUCAAAGAUAUAUGGCGGCAACUGGGAAGAGAGAUGGAAGUUGAGGAUGAACUCGUCAACAAAACGAACAACUACACUGACACACUAGCAUCUCUACUGGCAUUGCUCUCGCAUCCUUCCGAAAUAACGCAAACAGAAGAGGGUAUUACCUCAAAGUCCGUCGUCUUUAUCAUCGAUGAGUUUGACCUUUUCGCCACGCACGCGAGACAAACCUUGCUUUACAAUCUCUUCGACAUUGCUCAGUCAAGGAAAGCCCCCAUUGCAAUUUUGGGCCUCACAACUCGUAUCGAUGUAGUAGAGAGCCUUGAAAAAAGGGUCAAGAGUCGCUUCAGCCACCGAUAUGUCCAUCUAUCACAGCCCAAAACCCUUCCCGCUUACUGGGACAUUUGUAAACAGGGUCUUGCUAUUGACCUCGAAGAUGCUGAGGCAGAGGGCGUGGACACCUCACUUGCUGGAUUUGAAGAGUUUCUCAACUUGUGGACGGAUAAAAUCGACGAUCUCCACAAGAAAACGGCCUUCAAAGACCAUCUAGAGUACCAUUACUACACCACCAAGUCGGUCCCCGGGUUUCUCACAACAUGCAUACUGCCCUUGUCAUCUCUCAAGCCGACAGACCUGACGUGGAGAAUGGCCCCCGGGAUCAAGACGAUGAUCACCCUCGAGCCCCCUGACUCGAAGCUACAUCUACUGUCGUCUCUGUCUGAUUUGGACCUGUCGCUCCUCAUCGCAGCGGCACGGCUGGAUAUCGUGGCUCACACUGACACGGUCAACUUUGCCAUGGCUUACGAUGAGUACACCUCGCUCAUGGGCAAGCAGAGGGUGCAGUCUGCCAGCUCUGGCAUGCUUGCAUUGGGGGGUGCAAGAGUUUGGGGUCGGGGUGUCGCGGAGAUGGCUUGGGAAAGACUCAUUACUCUCGGCCUUCUGGUGCCUGCAGGUCUGGGAGGCAGACGCACGAUAGGUGCUGGUGGUUUGGAGGCGAAGAUGUGGAAGCUCGAGGUUGCGCUGGAGGAGAUACCGCUCGCUGUCAAGCUCAAUGCCGUCCUUGGUAGAUGGUGCAAGGAGAUAUAA